UAGGGGAACUUUACUAUAAUCAUACGUCACUUUUCUCUUAACAGAAGGACUUUUCUCUUUUCAAUGGAUUAGCAUUACUUUUUAUAAGAGGACUUUUCUAUUAUUCCGCGGAACUUUCGUUUUACUCAGCGGACUUUGAAUGAACUUUACUAUCCUCAUGCGUCACUUUUCUCUUUUCAAUGGAUUAGCAUUACUUUUUAUAAGAGGAUUUUUCCUUUUACUUAGCGGACUUUACCAGGACUUUACUAUCAUCAUGCGUCACUUUUCUCUUAACAAAAGGACUUUUCUCUUUUCAAUGGAUGAUCAUUAUUUUUUGUAAGAGGACUUUUCUAUUUCUCAGCGGAAUUUUCUUUUUACUUAGCGGACUUUAGAUGUACUUUACUGUCAUCAUGCGUCAUUUUUCUCUUAACAGAAGGACUUUUCUCUUUUCAAUGGAUGAUCAUUAUUUUUUGUAAGAGGACUUUUCUAUUUUUCAGCGGAAUUUUCUUUUUACUUAGCGGACUUUAGGAGGACUUUACUAUCAUCAUGCGUCACUUUUCUCUUAACAGAAGGAUUUUUGUUUAAAAUGUACAUCUGUAACCAACACAUUAGUUGCUUUAAUGGAACCAGUUUUUAUUUUAUUAUUAACAAGACUAAAUCAACAUUUAUAUUUUUUUAAGGGAAAACAUGAAGAAUUUAGUCUUGCAUUUGCUGGUACAACUGUUCAUGAUAUGUUCAAUUGGUUAAAAGUACUUAUUUCAAUAGCUAACAUUCGAUUUUCUUUGAAACGUAAACAACAAAUCAAAGAGCUUUCACUUGAUAAUGUUUUUCUUUAA